UGGUAACAAAAAUCUGUGUUGUCAAGCGUUGCUAAGGAAGUCACGGAGCUACUUUUUAGUCAGUUACCCUGACACCAACAGUGCACAAAAGGUCUUGUGCCACUUGAAAAUGAGAGCGCUUCAUCCACAUCACCACAGCUGGACUCAGACAUGAGAAGAGGAUGACUGAGGAUGGAGAGGACGGCCCCCUCCAUCACUCCUGUGAGGCUCCUGGUAAAGGAGACUCGAUUGCCAAUGACAGCAGCAAACUCAAGACCUCCAUAGUAGAUGUGAAAUCCACCAACGGGCACAAGGAUGACCUUAGGCUUAGAAACACAGGGGAAGGGAUCAGUCCGUAUCAGCCCCGCCCCCCCUUGCUACCCAGACUGUCGAAGUCCAGCAAAAGCAUUUCAUUGGAGGAGACUGUGAGAACCAGGAGGCUGAGAAACAGCCAGGAGAGUCUGAGCGACCCAGCUGAGACCGGCUCCUCCACAGACUCGCUUAAAGAGGAUGAAACUAUUGUAGCUCCGACUGGGUUUGUUCUCCAGGGUACAGCUGCAGUGAGGAAUGAGCGGGAUCCCAGUGCGAGACCCCAUUCUGCUGUUCCAACUGGAUCCCCAGCCUUCCGGGACAGAGGGAGUAGUCUUUCUGACUAUGAAAGGAGACCCCGUAGCCAGCAGAGCGACCUUACAGUCCAGCAGUGGAGGGCCACCAAGGUGCGCCUGUCUCCGGUGCAACCCACCGGACCACUGCCUGCUUUGGAGAAGAGCUUUGCGUCAGCCACUUUAAGGGCAGCUAAUAGGAUUGACAGGGAUUGUUUGGAUUAUGCCAUGCCGGCCAGAGAGAAGCUGGGAGAAAGGCUCCACAGGAACCUGAGCGACAGCCGGCUUUUGGAGAACAUGGGGUCGGAUAGUGCCUCUGUCAACUCCAUGAGGUCCACCUACAGCGUACUCAGCCCCAUCAGACCGCAGGAUAUGAGGAACAGGAGUUUUAUGGAGGGCAGCGUGCUGGGUAGUGGUGCCUUGCUUGGGGCUGAGGAGCUGGACCGCCUCUUCCCCGACAGGAGAGUUGGCAUCUACAUCACCACUUGGAACAUGCAAGGAGAGAAGGGCCUUCCAGUCAACUUAGAUGAUCUCCUCCUUCCAACCGACUCUGAAUUUGCACAAGACUUUUAUGUUAUUGGGGUCCAGGAGGGCUGUCCUGACAGGAGGGAGUGGGAGACCAGACUUCAGGAGAGUCUGGGACCUUACUAUGUCAUGUUAUAUGCAGCUUCACAUGGUGUUUUAUAUCUCACUGUAUUUGUCAGAAGAGAUCUCAUCUGGUUCUGCUCAGAGGCGGAGCACGCCACAGUCACAACGAGGAUCAUCUCGCAGAUCAAGACCAAAGGCGCAGUGGGGAUUGCCUUCACCUUUUUUGGCACUUCUUUCCUUUUCGUUACUUCCCAUUUUACCUCCGGUGAUGCCAAAGUCUACGAGAGAAUACUUGAUUACAACAAGAUUGUCGAGGCUCUAGCUCUUCCAAAAGGCCUUCCAGAUACCAACCCUUACCGCUCCACACCAUCUGACGUCACCACAAGAUUCGAUCAGGUCUUCUGGUUUGGAGACUUUAACUUUCGGCUGGAUAAAGACAGGAGUGAGGUGGAGGCCAUCAUGAGCUCCACAGUAGGUGGCGAUAUGAGCCCUCUGCUGGAGCACGAUCAGCUUUCCAAGGAAAUGAAGGAAGGGUCAAUCUUUAAAGGUUUCCAAGAGGCAUCAAUACACUUCUUACCCACGUACAAAUUCGACAUUGGUUGCGAUGUCUACGACACCACUUCUAAACAGAGAACACCUUCAUACACAGACAGGAUCCUAUUCAGGAGCAGGCAGGCUAAUGACAUAAAAACACUCAUGUAUACCAGUUGCUCGAACAUCAAGACCUCGGACCACCGGCCUGUCAUUGGUGUCUUUCAGGUCAAACUCAGGCCAGGAAGAGACAACAUUCCUCUGUGUGCCGGACAGUUUGACCGAAGUUUGUACUUGGAAGGUAUCAGGAGGAGGCGAAUCACCAGAGAAAUAAAGACAAAGGAGGCCAUGAAGAACCAAAGCAGCACGAUCUGCACCAUCUCUUGAAACCCAUUAAGGAACACUCUGGACCGGAUCAGACUGGAUUGGAUCACACCUGUGCCAGAAACAGGAAGGCCAGAAAAGGACAAAAAGGAAAAACCAAAGUUGUCUUAACUACACAAAUCCCAGCUGUAGUCGAGGUAACUGAGGUGCAGCUGUGUCCCUGCUAGACUCGAGGGCAGGGAUCUCGAGGUUAUGCAGACAUCAGCAUUCUGGCCUUUUUUUAUUCUGCCCCCUGUACUCAAACAUGACUAGGGAAGGGGGUCUCCCGUUGUGGCUUAAAGUUCAGUCACAUGCUCCAGUGUGGACUGAUAAGACCUUACAGAGAGUAACAAUACCUAUUUUCUCUCUAUUUUUUGUAGCCAUUUAAGAAGCAUCAUAUACUAUAAUACUCUGUUUUUCUGAAUGCUACACCAGUGUUCAAAUGCCUUGUGAUUUUUGUCAUGAAAUAAUGUACUAAACAUAACUACAGCACACUUUUAGGUGUCCGUUUUGUUGGAGAGUUUUGAGGAUCAGGUCAAAUAUAAACUUUGAAGAGCAUGUCGCACCUUGUUAAGAGCUACUGUUAAAUUCAGGGAAAUUACAGUUAUUUAAUGCUUUUAUUCAAUAUUUCUUAAAGGAACUCACUUGCUAUGAAAAAAGUUUGAGCAUUUUAAUGAUAUUACUACUAUAUUACUACCAUUAUUGCUACCUUUUCCUGUGAUUAGGCCAAGUGAACCUUUGCAACACUCAACACAAUGCCUUAUCUCUCAUCUUAUUACUGUGUAAACUGUCCAUGUACUGUAUGUAGCAGCACAUUAAUCAUUUGCAUUCCCAGCAUGAAGAGCAUUCUGUUUUUUUAAAAAAGUGCCUGUGGGUAUUGUUUUUACAUCAUCAGGACCUCUUAUCCAUAACUGUAUCUUUUUAUGUCACCUGACGUAACAUCCCAUAAUAAAGGUUUGAAAACACC